AUGCAUAAUCCGACCGCAAUUAACGUCGCCGAUACCGGAUCCACACAGGGUCGUUAUAGGGCACACAUCGCAGCCGUCGAUGGCCGAUUCAGAGAGCAAUGUCGAAAUGGGGCACGCUUUCAGCCACCGCUAGAUCGUCAUACGGGACGUUCCUCACUCAGCACAACGACCACAUCGGGUCAGCCAGUGCACCUCAGCAGUUCAAUUACUUCCUCCCCAGUCACUUCUAUUUCUGACAGUCACAAUGGAGAUGGUUGGAUGUCUUCGCCCCAACGACGUGAUGCUAGAGACGAUCUGUCACCAAUGAGCGAAACAAGCGCACAACUUGGAAGUAUGACUAGGAACUCAAACUCCAGCAAGGCCGACAACAAGCCGAAAACUGUGGAAAUCAAAGUUCAACGCACGGAACGAGUAGAAAGACGUGAGCAGUAUGAUAGCAAGGAUUGGCUUAACAACAACGACACCUACGCCAUGCCAAAGAUGCAGCCUACAUUUGGGUCGCGGUCAUCGUUGGCGACGUCGCAAGCUCGGGGCGAGUCCAGCGACAUUGACUUCAGUUGGAUUCGUGAAGAGGAGAAUAAGUUAAAGAAUGAACGAGAGAACACAAAACGCUUGCCAGAAUGCUACUUCGGUAUGGAUCCUCCCAAAUUGGAGGACACACCGAUCACUUCACACACUCGCUCGGAGCGCGAUGAAAAGGAGAAUUAUCGUAGUGUAGGCAACGUGCGCAACACCGCGGCCGCAUUCGAAAAUGAGCUGAGGGAAAAACGAGAGCAGGUCAGUGUUUCAAUAGUGACCAGGGCAAAUUUCGAGUCCAUGCUUACCCACCUCAUGCAAGAUUCCUCAUCCUCAGUCCUCAACACUUUCGAUCCUUGCUAU